GGGUGGCUGUCUGCCGGGUUUAGACCCGCCACUCAUCGUUUAUUAUUCCCCUCAGCGCUGCCCGAUCAUCUAGUUCUCAGAACACCUCUGGCUUGCGACUUGUAAAGGAUCUAUUGUCUUGGCACGGAUCCAUGAGUUGUGGUUACGUAGUUGUUUACAUUCUUCGCUGCUUGAGGCGUUACUGAAGUGCCAUUUUGGAAAGCAGGGAAGCUGAAACCUGUGCUGUCGGGGAAUUGAAGUGGGGGCGUUGUUUUGCGAAUUGGGGAGUUCAGUUGCGACGUGGAGAGGAACGGUGUCUGUGAGUUUUUUUGUUUUGUUUUUUGAGGAGGGGAUUGUAAAGGUCGCACUGUGGGCAGAAAGAUAGCGAUGGCGAUGGCUAUGGCGUCAUCGCAGGUGUGCGUGGCGAGGGGAGCGUUGAGCGCUGCGCAGCGAUUGUCGUCUAAGGAUGCUCUGAGAUGUGACCAGCCAAUGAAUGGCAUGGUAUCAUUCCAUGGGCUUCGUGCGAGCAUUUCCAUACGCCGUGUUGGGCAGACUCACGCAAUGCCGCUGGUGGAGAAGGCGAGGCUGCGUGCUGUGCCGUCACGCCGUCGUCCUGUGUCUGGAGUUCAGUGCUCCGCCACCAACAAUGGCAGUGCUGUGCAGAAGCACAGCGGCAUGAAUAUCGUGUUGGUUUCAACUGAAGUCGCCCCAUGGAGCAAGACUGGAGGCCUUGGUGAUGUUCUUGGUGGUCUUCCUCCGGCUCUUGCUGCUCGUGGUCAUCGCGUGAUGACUGUUUCUCCCCGGUAUGACCAAUACAAAGAUGCUUGGGACACCAACACUCCGCUCGAGAUCACCAUUGGCAACAGAACAGAGACGGUCAACUUUUUUCACACCCACAAGCGAGGCGUUGAUCGAAUUUUUGUGGACCAUCCACUUUUUCUUGCAAAGGUAUGGGGCAAAACUGGUAGCAAAAUUUAUGGUCCCACCUCUGGAGAAGACUAUGAUGACAACCAGUUUCGAUUUAUGCUUCUUGCUAAGGCGGCAAUCGAAGCCACCAAGAUACUUAGCCUUGACAGCAAUGAGUUCUUUAGCGGUCCAUAUGGAGAGAAUGUUGUCUUUGUGGCCAACGAUUGGCAUACGGCUCUUCUUCCAUGCUACCUCAAGAGCGCAUACAAGCCUUCAGGACAAUUUCAAAAUGCCAAGGUGGCUUUCUGUGUGCACAAUAUAGCGUACCAAGGAAGGUUUGCUUUUGGCGACUUUGACAAACUCGGCUUGUCAGACGAGUUCCGGAGUUCAUUUGAUUUCAUUGAUGGAUACGAGAAACCAGUGAAAGGCCGCAAAAUCAAUUGGAUGAAGGCUGGCUUUUUGGAAUCGGAUUUGAACAUGACAGUUAGCCCCAACUAUGCUUCUGAACUUGCUUCUGGAAGCGACAAAGGAGUGGAGCUCGAUUCAAUAGUCCGAAAGCAAGGGAUCGUAGGAAUUUGCAAUGGGAUGGAUGUGCAAGAGUGGGAUCCUUCCUCCGACAAGUACCUUGACACCCCCUACGACAUUAACACGGUUUUCGAAGCGAAACCAGAGCUGAAGGCGGCGUUGCAAGCAGAGGUUGGACUACCAAUUAGGCCAGACGUUCCUCUAUUUGGAUUUAUUGGACGACUGGAAGAGCAGAAGGGAUCUGACAUAUUGGCUGAAGCUGUCAAAGAUUUUCUGAAGGAUGAUGUCCAACUGAUUGUGCUGGGGACUGGAAAGAAACAUCUCGAGAAGCAGCUUGAGGAGCUGGAUACCUUGUUCCCUGGCAAGGCGAUAGGAGUGGUGAAGUUCAACACUCCUUUAGCACACUUGAUCACAGCUGGAGCAGAUUUUCUUCUGGUGCCAAGUCGAUUUGAGCCUUGUGGUCUCAUCCAAUUACACGCUAUGCGCUAUGGAACAAUUCCCGUUGUGGCAUCAACAGGUGGGCUUGUUGAUACAGUAUCAGAGGGCAUCACAGGAUUUCAUGUCGGUAAAGCCUUCAACGUUGAUUGUGAAGUAGUUCACCCAGACGACGUCAAGCUGCUGGCAGCCACAGUGAAGAGGGCCGUCAAGAGCUACGGAGCCCUUGAGUUGAAGAGAAUGAUCAGGAAUUGCAUGAGCCAGGACUUGUCUUGGAAGGGCCCAGCAUGCAGGUGGGAGGAGACCUUGUUGGGGUUGCAGGUGGAGGGCAGCAGCUCCGGACACGAGGGUGAAGAGGUCGCCCCCAAAGCCAAGUCCAACGUCGCAGCCCCUUGAAAACAUCAUACCCAACAGCUCGCAUUCUUCAAUGCGCUGUGUGCACAGAGUGGAAGAUCUUCUGAUUUUCAACCCCUCACGUCUGCGAGCUCCAACUUCCUAAGUCACCAACAUUUACUGCCAAAGUUCAUCUCUGCUGUUGGCUUCGCAGAUGUGGUAUAUCAAAACUUUUGAAAAGGUUGCGAGGGAGGUGGGGUUGUGUAAAGCCUCGGCAAUCAUUGAAGCGAUAUGUUGCUUUGAAUUUGAUAUUGUUGGAAGAAGGGAAAUGCGGGAGGUUUUACUUGAGACUUGAGUAGAUUUAGAAAGACAAAGGUGUUCAGAGUCACCAGGUGUAUGACUUUGCCAAAAUAGGAAGAAUCAUGAAUACUUGGUUGUAUACUACAUUUCAGAAUGUAAGCAUGUAGUACCGAACUUUAGGAAACCAAUGAGUACAAGUCAUACAAUCCAAAUUUUUGUAGUAUUACAAUAUACAAUCAAUCUUUAUUAUAAUUAAUCUUAUUAAAGUCAACUUUGGAUUA